GAGAAGCUCCGCCCCUCCAGCAGCUGUCGCGGGAGCUGGAGGCAUCAGAGACCCCAAGCCUUCUUGGGCCGGCGCCCAGAGGUUUUCUGUGCCCCCAGCCCCGCAGGUCAGCAGCACUGGGUGGCGAGGCGGCUCUGUCCCGCGCCCGGGAGAGGCCGGGCUAGCCGGGGCUUAGGAAGCAUCCCAGGCCCGCGCGGCGGCGCUGAUUCCUGGAAGCACGUCGGUCGGAGGCGGUGGAGCGAGCCCGGAGGCUAAGCCGGGCGGAGGAGCGGAGUCACGCGCUCGGGACCAUUGCUCGCUCCCUCGGCUCAGAGGACCCCCCCAGCUGAGCUGGGCCGCGUAGGGAAACUAUGCCAGGAAUUCGGCCCGGAACCGGCAGGGGUGGGGAGCGUGGUGCAGUCCGAGUGACCCGACCCGCGGGCCUCAGGACGUUAAACAGCCGCGGCUCCCUAGUCCUGCGGGGUGAGGUGCGGGAGCUUCGGACUCUACGCCUCAGCUUCGCCUCUUGAGCCUGGCGUCCCCACCCUGGCUGCUUGGCCUGAUAGGGACAGAGGUACCCGGAGAGGUGAAUAAAAGCAGUCUGCUGAUAAUUCAGUCUGAAGAAAGCACUUCGUUCCUGCUCUCUGGGGUGUGUGGUUUCCAGGGACCGUUGCCUGGUUACCAUCCAUCUCAAGGGCCAGUCAUGGGGCCUGGCCCUUAGUAGGGACUCGGGACUCUUUUGCUGAUGAGAUGGGUGAGCGAAUUUUGCACAGCCUCCCAGCACAGCCCAGAAUGCAGUGAGGACAACCAAAACAGGUCCUCUCAGCUUCUGUGCCUACUGCCGUGGCCUUGGUGGCAGGCACCCUCCCUCCGGGGUCAGUCCAGGGCUCUCCCCACCCAUGCAGUCCCUCACUCCCACCAGUGAGGGACUCAGUGGCCCCCUUUUGGCGGCCUACUCUCGUCCCGCCUUCAAAUUCCAGCCUCGAAGAGAAAGUGUAGACUGGAGGCGCAUUAGCGCCCUGGACGUGGACCGCGUGGCAUGGGAGCUGGAUGUGGCCACUCUGCAAGAGAACAUUGCCAGUGUCACCUUCUGCAACUUGGAUGGGGAGGUGUGCAGCCGCUGUAGGCAGCCGGUGGACCCGGCGCUGCUCAAGGUGGUGCGGCUGGCACAGCUCAGCAUCGAGUACCUGCUGCACUGUCAGGAUUGCCUGAGCACCAGUGUGGUCCAGCUAGAGGCACGGCUGCAGGCCAGCCUGGGCCAACAGGAGCAUGGCCGCCAGGAGCUGGGCCGCCAGGCUGACGAGCUCAAGGGUGUGCGGGAGGAGAGCCGCCGGCGGCGCAAGAUGAUCAACACCCUGCAGCAGCUGCUCCUGCAGACAGGUGCCCAGAGCUACCACACGUGCCACUUGUGUGACAAGACGUUCAUGAAUGCCACCUUUCUCCAGGGCCACAUGCAGCGCAGGCAUGCGGGCAUGGUGGAAUGCGGAAAACAGAAGAAUCAGGAGCAGCCCAUAGAGGAGGUGUUAGAAGAGCUGCGGGCCAAGCUAAAGUGGACCCAAGGGGAACUGGAAGCCCAGAGGGAGGCAGAGAGGCAGCGGCAGGUCCAGGAAGCAGAGAUCAUGCGUCAGAGGGAAACGGAAAUUAAGAAAGAAUUUGAUGAAUGGAAAGAAAAAGAGCAGGCCAAAUUAUAUGAGGAAAUAGACAAGUUCAAAAAAUUACUUUGGGAUGAAUUUAAAAGCAUUAGCAACCAAAACUCUGCACUAGAAGAGAAGCUGCAGGCACUGCAGUCCUAUGGUGUGAUGAAGUCCAACCUCGGGUCCCUGCAGGAUGAGGAGCCCAAGGAGCAACUCAUUCAGGCUCAGGAGCUGCAGGCCUUAAAGGAGAAGAGAACAGAAUGGAAGAGGAAAAUGAAGGCCCUGAAGGAAAAGCAUAUAGCUCAGAAGAAGGAGGUGCAGGCCCUAUGGGCACUGGACACCCAAAGGUCCCUUCUGUGCCACCAGCUGCAGGAGCAGGACAAGAGGCUCCAGGAGCGGGACCAGAGGCUCCAGGAACGGAACCAGACGCUCCAGGAGCAGAAGCAUACGCUCCUGGAGCAGAAUGAGAUGCUCCAGGAGCAGAACGAGAGGCUCGAAAAGCAGAACCAGAGACUCUGGGAGCAGAACAACAAGAGGCUCCAGAAGCAGAGGAAAGCAGCUGCUCAGACCCAGCACCAGAUCACUGCCCUCCAUGCCCAGCUCCAGGAACAAGCGAGGCGGAUUGCCGCCAAUGAGGAGAUGAUCCAGACCAUGUCUCUCAAGAAGUUGGAGGCUGGGGAUGGGUUCCAAAGCCCUGGAGCCACUAAUCACUCCUCAGAGAUCCGCAAGGAUCCGAAGACUGAGGACACAGAAGAGGACUCUUCUGAGAAAGAGCUGGAAGACCACCUCAGGGCACAGUGGCAGAUGCUGGCAGUUCUAAAGCACAACCGCGUCUUGCUGAACCAGUUCCGGUCAGUCUUGGAGGAAGUCCUGGAAGAGAGGCUACACGGCAUGGGGAUAAAGAGAGAUGCAAAAGGAAUCUCUGCUCAGACCUUCGGACACCUGGAGCCUCUGGUACGAACCGGGCGAGAGCAGAAGGCACGGAAGUUUCCUGAAUUUCUGAGUCUAAGGAAGAAGUUCAUCAAGGUAGUCACCAGGAAAGUGAAGGAGAGACAGAGGAGUGGGUCUGCAGUGUCCCAGCCAGAUGGCAAAGCUUCAGUCAAAAAUCCACGGAACCCUCUGGUCAUCAAAGAGGCCCACCCAAAGGCCAGGAUCCAGCAUGUGGCAUUGCCAUCCAAGCCAGCAGAGCCCCCAAUGACAACUCUUCAGAGAGGUGGUAACCCAAGGCCCACCCCUGCUCCACGCUCCAGAGCCCCCAGACCCUCGGGCACCCCUGCUUGCCCAGGGCCUGGGCUGAGCAGCACGCCCCCAUUCAGUUCUGAAGAGGACCCAGAGAAGGAUGCCGUGUCUCGUGCAUCUCUCCAGCCCACACAAGCUCCUUUGAGGACAGGGCCCUGGCUGGAGGAUGACUGGGACUGGUGUGACACUGAGACCUCCAAGGGCAGUGCCCAGCUCUCUGGCAAGGGCUCAGGUGGUCUGUCUUCUGAAUCAGGAACACUGGUGCAGUCGAUAGUCAAAAACCUUGAGAAGCAGCUGGAUGCUCCGGCCAAGAAGCCCGCUGGAGGGGUCAGCCUGUUCUUAACGCCCAAGGCUGGGCCACAGCAGACUGCUGUGUCAGGAAGGAAGCCUCAGCUUUCUGAAGAUGAGAGUGACUUGGAAAUCUCAUCCUUGGACGAUCUCCUCCAGGACCUGAGUCCGAAAGACAGACCCAAGCUCUUGCACCCAAAGCUCCCAGAGGAGUUUGGCGCCAGCUCUUGGACCCCCAGUCAACCCAGGGUGUCUGCCUGGUGAUCAAAUCUCGGAGCCUGGGAGCCAGAGGACCAGCCUUGUUGCCCAGCCUGGUGGGGUGAGCUCUGGCCCCACCCAACAGAUGGGGCUGCUGGGCUUCUUGUCUUCACAGGUGACCAAGAGGUCUCCUUCCCAGGAGAGAAGCAGGGCAAAAGACAGAUAUGAUUUUUCAUGCCCCUCUGUGAGGGGCCCUGCCCGAGUGCCAGGGGUGCCUGGCAGUGCCUCCAGAUCCAGGGCUGAGAAUGGGUUGUAACAAGACCUUGGAGCAGCAUCCUUCCUCCACCUGCAAGUUCACUCCAGACCGGAAGGAGAUACGCCAUCUCUACUCUGGAGUGUUUUGUAAAUGCAGAAGCACUGUAGAGAUGGGUCUUUUAUGGGGUUCUUUUAGGGACAUAGCCUGAGUCAGUGAUUGAUCCAAAGCCAUUGGCUGAGGUCCUCUGGCUUCUCACUGCUGAGAUGGGGUGCAGGCAGUGGCGGUGGGGGGGGGGGGAAAGCGGCACAGAAAGUAAUCAUAGUCUAGUGACAGAGAUUAGGAAGUUAUGGGAACACAGAUGGAGCCUCCCAGUGCAGCCUGGGGUGACCCUGGAGGGCUUCCCAGAACUGAGGUCCAGCAGAACCUGCUCCUGGGUGGGAGGGAAGGGGGGGCAACUUGGCUGGGGCCUCAAAGCCCCAAAGGACUACAACUUAAAUUUUUAAUUGGCCUGCCCUGCAGCAGGAGUGGCCAGGACCUCCUGCCCCUACCCUGCUCGGCCAUUGGCUGGGAUGGCCCAGGAGAGUGAGACCUGGUUGAAUAGCCAUUUUCUUCCCUAAAGGGAAAUGCAACCAUGCACCUCUGGGCCUCACAUGCAGAGGGAAGAGCGUGAUGAGCCCACAUCCCCAACACGCAGCUCUAACCAUCCUCAACUCCACUCAUGGCUUGUCUUGCUUCAUCUAUCUCUCCCCACGACCUCAGGUCUCUUCCCCUCCCCAGGUCUCCCUCCAGGCUUCUUUUGACCUUUGGGUGGCUCUAAUAUCUGGACUAAGCCCUGAAGUUCUAGCAGGAGGAAUGAGAGGAAGAGAGGAGGAAAGGCAUUGCGGAGGGCAGGGGGGAUCUGGGCCCGGAGGUGGCUUGGGGCUAUCAUGAUACCAGGCUGUUCAGGGAGCCGGAGAACAGCUUAUGAAGGUGCUCAUGGAGGCUGGGCGGGAGCUCAGUUCUCUUUGUGGAUCUCACACCUUGGAGCAGCUGAGAAUGUGUAUGCCAGCGUGGUGGUGUGAGGCGGGGAAGAGGAGUGGUGGUGGGGGUUCGUUCCUCUCUCAGGAUUCUGCCAACAAAGUCAUGCUGUCCUCCUCACAGGCUUUGGGCAAGGGAGGUAUAAAAAGAUGCUCAUGGGGUCUCUUGCCGCAUGCUCGUUUCUCCCUGCACAUCCUGGUGUCCCGUAGCUCCGAGGGUACCACUGAGGCCAGCCCCCACAACACCAUGCAUGCCGGGAUCUCUGCUUUUUGGCCUCUGGGUUGUCUCUGAUGUGGGAGGCUGCCCAGGCUACUUGCAGGUACAACCUGGACAUGUUGGAGACUUUACCAGGGCAGCCUUCACCUGGGAUGGAAUGGGAGUUGGUGAGUAAUUGCUCCAGGAUUCCUGGCGCUUUGGUGGGACCACUGAGAGGUUUAUUCCUCAGCUUCUCAAAGUCCUCAAUGGGAGUGGAUCCCAGUCGCCUUCAGCAAUUAUGCCUUACCAAUGUCACCCUUCAUUGGCCUUUCUCCCUUCAAUUUUAUUUUUCUCACUCUCUCACUUCUUCCUGGGGGCAUCUCUGAAAUAAAUGAACCUGUACCCGAGUCCUUGCCUCGGGCUCUGCUUUCAGGGGACUCAAAUGAAUAGAUGUGAGCCCCCGUGUAUUUUGCCCGUGGUCACACAUGCUGGUGAUAAUCACCUGUGAAGAAUGACUCUCUUCCUGGAUGUCCUUAUGAAAUUCUACGUUUUCAAAUGAGUUUUUCUAUUUACUCUGGAGACUAACGUAUUAGUUUUGAAUUUCUAUGCUGUUUACCCCUCCCCACGUUCAAAUACAUUAAAUUUGGGUGGGAGGCAAGACUUAGCAGAACUUUGAACACAGGUGUAUCAGGGUUUUCCAGAGAAACAGAAGCAAUGGGAUAUAGCUAUAGAUACAGAUGUAGAUAUAGAUACAAAGAAGAGGAAAGUUAUUAGAGGGAUUAGCUCAUGCGGUUAAGAAGACUGAGAAGUCUCAUGAUCUGCUGUCCUCAGGCUGGAGCACAAGGAAAGCCAGUAGUGUCAGCCUUGGAGAUUCAAGGCCCAGGACCCGGGAGCUCUUGUGUCCAAGGGCAGGUGAAGAUGGACAUCCCAGCUCAAGAAGAGAGAGUUAAAUCAUCCUUCCUCCUUCCUCUGUGUUCUUUUUUAAAAAAAAUUAAUAAAUUUUAUUAUAAUUGUACAACCAUCAUCACAA